AUGGCAGCUGUGCUCAAGAAAAGGGCUUUAGCUGAGUAUAAUAAGUCCUAUCAGGAUGGUCCCUCGUCAAAAAAACUCCACUUAGCAAAAAAACCUUUGAUUGGGAGUUCAGCCGCAGCAUUUGUUGGUCUUUUAGAAAAAUGUAAAUCGAGCGAUGAAGCGCUUCAGUUAUUAUUACGUAUAUCAGACUGUCUUCAAUUUCAAGAAUCUGAUGUGGAAGAAGCUAUUAAAAAACUUUCAGAGCACUUUCAAUCAGAGGAGGAGUCAGCGGUACGCGUUAAAAUAUUAUGGCUCUUUUGUGAUAUUGGGUUAGAAUGUCCUGGUGCUAAUUUAAAUCAUUUAGUUGAUGAAACUAUACAUUUGAUAAAGAAUGAAACUUCACAUAAGGUCAUAGCUCAGGGAUUAGGCACUUUACUAAAGCUUGGUUGUAAGCUGUCAGAUGAUAAGACCUUAAUGCAACGUUUGGUUGCUGUUGCUAAAGAAAAUCUUAAAGAUACAAGUCACCAAGUGAAGUGUAGAUGUUUGCAAUUGAUCAGUGAAUUAUAUCCAAUAUCCCCUGAACCUGACCGGACACCUGACAUGAUUACAGAAGCAAAUGUGAUUGUGAAGUUACUAAGUGAUUACAGUAACGCUGAGGAUGCCAGAGUAAGGUCUGAAGCAUUUCAAGCAUUACUUACGUUGCAUGGACGUGGUUUAACAUUGAGUGCUGACAUCUAUGAACAAGUUUGCCCAGCUCUAUCAGAUGACUAUGAAAUUGUAAGGGAAGUGGCAUUGAAGCUCAUUUGGCUCCUGGGAAAUAAAUAUCCUGAAAAUACAGUGACCCUUCAAGAUGGUGAAACAACAAUGCGGUUGGUAGAUGAUGCAUUUAUCCGUAUAUGUUCAGCGGUUAACGACCUGUGUAUGCAGGUUCGAGCACUGGCUUGUACUUUACUCGGUACUACUAGGGCUGUAUCUGACCGAUUCCUUCUACAAACUUUGGAUAAACAACUAAUGAGUAAUAUGAAGAAAAAGAAAACAGCCCACGAGCGUGGAGCGGAAUUGGUCCGCUCAGGGGCGUGGGCCAGUGGGCGCCGCUGGGCAGACGAUGCCCCGGGUCAGUUGUUGGAACAGUCCACGGUUCAAUUGUUACCCGGAGGGGCGGCUGGGGCGUUUGUACAUGGGUUGGAGGACGAGUUUAUGGAGGUUCGCACAGCGGCCGUUGAAGCGGUAUGCGAAUUGUCAAUGCAAAAUCCAAUUUUCGCAACGACAUCGCUGGAUUUUUUAGUAGAUAUGUUCAAUGAUGAAAUCGAAGAUGUGAGAUUGCGGGCGAUUGAUAGUCUGAACAAGAUUUCCCAUCAUAUUGUUUUGAGAGAGGAUCAGUUGGAGACUAUUCUGUCUGCUUUGGAGGAUUAUUCAAUGGAUGUAAGGGAGGGCUUGCACAGAAUGCUCGGCUCGUGUACAGUGGCGUCUAAGACCUGCCUCGAGAUGUGCGUUGAUAAAAUUUUGGAGAAUCUCAAGAGAUAUCCUCAAGACAAACGCUCCACAUUCCGUUGUGUGCAAAAAAUGGGUAGCAAUCACGCUACUCUCGUGCUUCCACUGACCACGCGUCUGCUUGGGGUUCACCCUUUCUUUGACAUGCCGGAACCGGAUGUUGAAGAUCCCAGCUAUAUGUGCGUACUUAUCUUGGUUUUGAAUGCGGCUCAACAUUGUACGACGAUGCUGCCCCUUUUCGAGGAACAUACAGUCAAACAUUACACAUACUUAAGAGAUACGAUGCCACAUCUGGUGCCCCUGCUGCCUAUUGGUGAAAAUCAAUUUUCUCGUAAGCAAAAAAGUGAAUCAGAAAUGGACGAUAGUGCAGUUCGAAGAUUCUUCGAGAACGUCUUACAGCACAUUGAUAACGUGACUUUGUCAAGUAACGUGAGGCUUAAGAUGCUCCAAUCUGCUGAAGAACAACUUAACAAGUUAUCAGAAAUGGAGCCAUUGGUGACAGGCGCGGCUAACUUCACGGCAAUGUUCGCGCGAUGUGUGUUAGCUUUACACACAGCGCUAAAUAAUCCCGCGGGUCCACCUGCGCAUGCGCUGCAGAAUCUCUCAACGGACUGUCUCAGAUUGCAACACCAAUUCAGUGGUGUGACAGAACAAGAAAAUGCUUGUGUAUGGCAACUUGCAUUGCGCGUGAGUGCGGCUCGACUAAUAGCGGCGGUUGAAAGCGCGGCUAUGACAACGGGAGCGGGGGCGGGAGCGGUAGCACUGUCAACGGCGGCUGCUUUGACGCAUCACGCUGAGCUUUUGGAUCGGCUACUUGUUUCUGCGGGCAUGGAACCAGAUCCAUUCACGAUUGCAGUGUUCCAACAGCUGUCGUGCGGUGAGCCGAAGCCGGGGUCGUUGGCCCGUGCGCUUCAUCCGCUCCUACUCGCCGCUCCGCUACCGCAAAUUCCCACGCCUAAUCUAAAGAUUAGAAUGUGCACAGCCACGAUAAUAGAACCCGCCAGUGACAACGACACAGUGCUACGUUUCUGUGCGGGUCUGAUUACGGGGGUCUCGUUCGAGGCGGAGGUGUUGCGCGUACGCGAGCCCGGAGCGCUGCGCGUGCGCGUGGCGUAUCCGGACAGGCGCGUGCACGCACUUCUGCCGCCCAGAGAUCAUUUGAGGCCGCUCGAUCAUCAAAAUACCAAUGACGAUGGAACAGAAAAUGUGCGCCUUCUAACAAAGGUCCUAAUAUCUCAUGGAGUAUGGACAGAGCCGUGCGGGGUUGAUAUAUCUGUUUGUUUGGCAGUGGAAGAGGGGGGAGGCCGGGAGGCACAGCUCGUGGAGCUCUGUCGCCCCGUCAGGGUCACAGUGGCCCCUAAACCUAUUAAACGCGGCAUAUAG